AUGCAUACCCUUGUCUUCUUUCUCCUUCUCUUCUCACUUGUGCCUUCCUCUCACUCACUCCAUGGUGCUGCACCUCCGGAUUACAAGAACAAGGGAGAUAUACUUGAAGUUAAGGUUAAUAAGCUUUCAUCAGCCAAGACACAGCUUCCAUAUGACUACUAUUCCCUCAGACACUGCAAGCCACCAGUAAUUAUCAACAGUUCAUUAAGCCUUGGACAAGCUCUUCGAGGUGACCUCAUCAAGAAUUCAGUCUAUAAUUUUAAGAUGAAGGAGGCAGAAUAUUGCAAAGUUGUAUGCCGAGUGAAACUGGAUGAGGCUUCUGCCAAAAGUUUCAAGGAGAAAAUCGAUGAUGAAUAUCAAAUUAACAUGAUUCUUGAUGAUCUUCCUGUUGCAGUUGUACGCAAAAUGAUUGAUGUUCCAGAUGGAAGAGGUCAAUCAAACAUAUAUGUGCCUGGAUUCCAGGUUGGGUUGAAGGCAUAUUAUGCUGGAAGCAAUGAAGGAAGACAAUUCAUUCACAACCACCUGAGCUUUAAAGUCAAGUAUCAUGAAGAUCCAGGGACUGAUUAUGCUCACAUUGUCGGUUUUGAGGUUACGCCUUACAGUAUUGCUCACGAGUACAAGGACUGGAAAGGUGAGAAAACUAAGCUGCUCACAUGCACACCAGCCAACAAUACAGUCUUCAGAGAUGGCAAUGCCCUACAAGAGGUUGAUGCUGAUAGAGAAGUUGUAUUCACAUAUGAUGUAUUCUUUGAGUCUACUGAAGUCAAGUGGGGAUCGCGUUGGGACACAUACCACUACAUGGGUGAUGAUCCAGUUCAUUGGUUUUCUUUGAUCAAUUCAUUAAUAUUUGUGAUCUUCCUUUCUGGAGUGGUAGCCAUGAUGGUGAUGAGAACUCUCUACAAGGAUAUUACCAACUACAAUCAGUUGGACACUAAAGAUGAGUCUAGGGAAUUUGAAACAGGAUGGAAAUUAGUGCAUGGAGAUGUCUUCAGGUCACCCCACAACGCUAAUAUAUUGUGUGUUUGUGUUGGGAAUGGUAUCCAACUCUUUGGAAUGACACUCAUCACGAUGAUAUUUGCAUUGCUGGGUUUUCUUUCACCUUCAAGCCAAGGUGAGUUGAACAUCCCAAUGGCUCUUUUGUGGAUAUUCAUGGGCAUAUUUGCAGGGUACUCCUCAGCGCGAUUGUACAAGAUCUUCAAAGGCACAGAAUGGGAAAAGAUUGCCUUACUAACAGUCUUCAUGUUCCCAGCCAUAUGUUUUGGAAUUAUCUUCAUGUUGAAUGCCUUGAUUUGGAGGGAGAAAUCUUGUGGUGCAGUUCCAUUUGGGACUAUGUUUUCCCUGGGGCUCAUGUGGUUUGGAAUAUCAGUGCCAUUGGUUUUUGUAGGCAGUUACUUUGGGUUCAAAAGGCCAGCAAUUGAGGAUCCAGUAAAAACUAAUGAAAUUCGAAGACAGAUUCCCAAACUAGCAUGGUACAAGUGGGUCUUGCCUGUGCUCGGUGGAGGCUUUCUACUAUUUGCAGUAGUGUCGACAGAAUUCUUCUCUAUCUUGACAUCUAUAUGGCUAGACCAGUUCUACUCUUCUUUUGGAUUCCUCUUCAUAAUCUUUAUCAUCCUUCUAGUCACUACUUGUGAGAUAGCAAUUCUUCUCUGCUACUUCCAACUUCGCAGUGAAGAUUAUAAUUGGUGGUGGAGAGCAUACUUGACCGCCGGCUCCUCUGCUCUGCACAUGUUUACUUACUCCAUAUACUAUUUCCUCACCAGGCUGUGGAUUGAAAAAUUUGUUUCUACCGUCCUGUAUUUUGGGUACAUGUUAAUUGUAUCCUUUGCAUUCUUUCUCUUGACUGGGACAAUCGGCUUCUGUGCGUGCUUCUGGUUUGUUAGGAAGAUCUAUUCUUCUGUGAAGUUUGACUAA